AUGGCCCGCACCAAGCAGACCGCCCGCAAGUCCACCGGUGGCAAGGCUCCCCGCAAGCAGCUCGCCUCCAAGGCUGCCCGCAAGUCCGCGCCCUCCACCGGAGGUGUCAAGAAGCCUCACCGCUACAAGCCCGGUACCGUCGCUCUCCGUGAGAUCCGUCGCUACCAGAAGUCGACCGAGCUCCUGAUCCGCAAGCUGCCCUUCCAGCGUCUGGUUCGUGAGAUCGCCCAGGACUUCAAGUCCGACCUGCGCUUCCAGUCCUCCGCCAUCGGUGCCCUGCAGGAGUCGGUCGAGUCCUACCUCGUCUCCCUCUUCGAGGACACCAACCUGUGCGCCAUCCACGCCAAGCGUGUCACCAUCCAGUCGAAGGACAUCCAGCUCGCCCGCCGCCUCCGUGGUGAGCGCAACUAA